UGGGGGGAGUUGGUGAACUGGGGCUUAAAAAGGUAUUUGUCUGUUUGGCUCCAGUCAUGGCCAGGAGCUUAGAGAAAGUACCCAUCGCAACGGCAGAACCAGAGGACCUACAUCAGUUCAUGCCUCUGGCUCACUCCGCCGUGGUGGUGAAACCAGCCUCCACCGGACGCUUCCUGAAGGCCGGGAUCGCUGUGCUCAUAACCGGAGCUGUCCUGCUGCUGCUGGGAGCCGCUGGGGCUUUCUACUUUUGGAACCACAAUGAAAAACAUGUCUACAAUGUCCACUACACCAUGAGCAUCAAUGGCAAAGUGGAGGAGGGCUCGAUGGAGAUCGACUCUGCCAACAACAUGGAGAGGUUCAGCACGGGCAGUGGGGCGGACGAGGCACUGGAGGUCCAUGACUUCGAGAUUGGAAUUACAGGGAUCCGGUUUUCAGGAGGAGACAAGUGCUACAUUAAGACCCAGGUUAAAGCCCAGCUCCCUGAUGUGGAGCCUCUGAACAAGGACUCAGCACCAUUUGAACUGGACGAGGAGGUGAUGCCAGCCAAAUUCGAGGACGAUCUGAUCUUGGUGGCUGCAGGCCCGCCUCUGUCUGACUCCUCCUUCCUCAGCAGCAAGAUCAUGGACCUGUGUGGAGACCUACCAAUCUUCUGGCUCCGUCCGACAUACUCACCCAGCGGCCAGAGGGGGAGCAGAGCCGCCCCCCGCCAGCGCAGGCAGGCGGCUGCUACGAAGGACUACACGGACGUGGAGGCAGAGCUCAACCCGGACAACCCCUAUCAGCGAGGACUCGAGGGCGAGCAGGGCACCAUGGACAUCGACCCCAUACUGGACCACCAGGGCGUGUGCUGCAACGAGUGCCGUCGCAGCUACACUUACUGCCAGAGGAUCUGCGAGCCGCUCGGGGGCUACUAUCCUUGGCCGUACCACUAUAGAGGCUGCAGGGUGGCCUGCAGAGUUAUCAUGCCCUGCAAGUGGUGGGUGGCCCGCAUCCUGGGGCUGGUGUGAGGAAACCCUUUAUUCUCCUGAGACAUGGUAGAGCCCAGGACAGAGGAAUGAGUGAGGGAUGGGGUUCAAAAAGUGGUGAGACCAAAGGAAAAAUAAUAAAAAAGGAGGGAGAGUUAAUAAUUACCAUAGGUAGAUGAGUCUAAGCAUAUUUGUACAAAAGGAACUGCAUUAGUAGCUGCGUUUGUGAAUUCUCAGUGCAUAUAAAGCUGAUCUAACAUUGAAAGGCAACACAGCGGCUGCAAAUCUUUUUAUCCUUAUAAAACACAUCCACCAGUUACUAAUCUGGGGUCUUCUAAACUAAAGCAAAACAUGCUACCAAAGAAACAGAGGUGGUGGUAUCCCUUCAAGUAAACGCAUAGAAUUGCUUGUAUUGUUAGAGCUGAUUGUCCUUACAUCGUCCAAAGUUCUGUACAUAAACAUCUAUGAAGAACUCCAGUAGUGGUCAGGGAAUUUACAGAACCUUACAAUAGGAUAUAUACAUCUAGAGAAGUUUUGUCACCAUACAAUCAAAAACCCAAUGUAUUACAUUGGGUUUUUAUGUGAUAGACCAGCACAAAUUACCGCAUAAAUUAGUGGAAGGAUGACAUAUGGCUUUCGCAUUUUUUUCACAGCUACAAGAAAAAGUGGCACCUUUUACUCUGAUACCCUGAAAUAAAAUCCAGUGCAAGACUUUGCAAUUAGAAAUCUCCUAACAUGGUGGUGGCAGCAUCAUGCUGUGGGGAUGUUUCUUUUUUUUCCAGCAGAGAAAGGGUAACUGGAUAGUUAGUGGGGAGAGCUAAAGGGCAGACACUAAACGUACAGCCAGAGCUACACGAGAUUGUUUCGAUUAGAAUUGCAUAAUAUAUUGAUUUGCAAUCAUUGCAAUAUCAAUACGUGUAAAUAACAAAUACAGAUGCAAGAUUUGGCUAAAUAUAAGCUUUCAGGUUCUUUUGCUUGCCAAAAAAUAUUAGGCCAAUCAAACAGACCUCCAGUGUUUUAUGUCCACAGCUGCUUUAAAUCCCGGUGACCAAGAGGCUAACACUCAGAAAGAGAAGAGGGGACCUCUGUGGCUCAAUCGCAAACAAAAUAGUCAUCAGAAUAAUAUUGCAAUAUCAUUGUUUCUUAGUAUUGUUCAGCCCUAGCUUACAUCAACAGAUAUCCAUGUUAGAACUGCCCAAGGUCCUAAAUGUGAACAGGUUCAAGGGACAUGACUACCUAUGCAAGGCCCUGUAAAUGGCCCUUCACUUCACUGGGCAGAAGAAAUAUGUCUUAAAUCUUCUUAAAUCUUAAUUUCAUCCUCAUUAGAUACUUUAAUGAAAACAAUGUACUGUACCUUUCCUCUUUUAAAUUUUCAUCUAAAUGUUUUAUCUUCACUCAGAACUUCUCAAAGUGCAAUAUCAUGAAAUAAACCUUUUUUUUUUUUAGGUAAA